AUACAAAACGAGACGAUGCCUAACCAAUUCUGAACCAAAAAAAAAAAAAAAAAUCCUUCCGCUUCCUUCACUUCUUUCCCCAAUGGAUUCUCUGCUCGCCAACUAUGCCUCUUCGGACGACGAAGAAGUAGAAGAGCAACAACGACCUGCAAAACGCACAGCUUUAGAAUCCGAUUCGGGCCCUGGAAAUAGCACUGCUCAUUCAACCUCUUCUCUUUUCUCGUCUCUCCCACAACGCAAAUCCUCUUCUCUCUUCCAAUCCCUUCCUCUCCCAAAGCAAAGCCUCCCAAACCCCUUAGCUUCGAAGCCCAAACCUGUUCUUGAUGAUGAUGAGGAUGGUGAAGAACCAUAUUCAAAACCCUCCUCCAGAUCCAGCGAAACUGCCCCUAAAUCCUCUUCUUCUUCUUCUUCUUUGUUCUCGAAGCUUCCUCAGCCCAAAUCCCAAUUUCCACAGCAGCAGCCCUCUCCGAUUCUUUCGACCUCAGAGCCCAAUACCAAAAGGGUCAUCCAGUUCAAGCCUCCCGUUGUAACCUUGAAAUCGAGCGAGCUCGAUGAUGACGACGACGAAGACGACCGAGAGAAGGAAAAGAAGAAUGAGACCGACCCGUUACAAACGAAGUCGGUGGCGUCUUUUCUAUCGAGCAUUCCUGCGCCCAAGAAUUCCUCUACGCUGGGUGUUCUUCCUUCCUCGGGAUCGGGACGGAGAGCGAUAGUAGUCGAAACCCAAGUCUCUGCUUCGAAUUCUGGUGGUUCUGCGGCCGAGAACGAUAGGGAAAUCGAUCAAAAUUCUGGGAGUCUUGCAAAUUAUAAUAAUCCUGCGAAUCAUGGACAGGUUGAUAGUUAUGGGGAUUAUCAAAAUGCAGUACAAGAUGCGAGCUUCGUUGAUUAUGGGAAUUACCAUUCGAAUUUUGAUCAAAAUGUGAAUGUUGGUGUUAGUGGUCAAAUGGGAUCGGAAAUUGGUGUUGCGGAUGGUUCAGGUUAUGGAAAUUAUGAGGGUUAUGGAAGCUAUGUUGAUUAUGGGCAAUACACAAAUAGUGUGGCUGAUGGUUCUGAGGUAUCGAUAAUGUGUGAAAGUGAGCUUAGAGUGAAUGGAAAGAGAGGGAGGGAUAAGAUUCCUACAGAAAUAGUUGAGGUUAAGCAAGAUGAGUUGAUGAAGAAUCGUCCCAGGGAAGACCAGGCCAAGUUAACCGGAAUAGCUUUUGGUCCUGCUUAUCAGCCUGCUUCGACCAAGGGGAAGCCUUCAAAGCUGCAUAAGAGAAAGCAUCAGAUCGGUUCUUUAUACUUUGACAUGAAGCAGAAGGAGACGGAAUUAGCAGAGCGUCGCUCACGAGGCUUCCUCACAAAAGCUGAAACGCAAGCAAAGUAUGGUUGGUGACUUGGGAUACCAUUACUUUUUUUGUUCUUUGUGAUGUUGUUGUGUAAUUGUAUUUCAAAUUAGUGGACGUCAAAAGCGAAAAUUUUUCGGGUUGUUUGUUAACUUCGUAGCAGUUGGGAUUUUAUCUGUUCUCCGCAAGCUAAAAAUUGAGGCUGGUUAAGGAUUAUUUUGCCA